UCCUUGGAUCAGGUUAUGUGCAGCCCCCAGGUGAGGAGCCAUAACCUGAACCCAGAUGUUCUGUAUCCCUGGAGAGUGAAGACUCCAGGUCUGAGCCGAGUAAAGAGAGACUGGAUCAUUCCACCCAUCCGUGUUUCUGAGAACAGCAAGCAGGUCCCUGAAAACCUGGUCCAGAUCAAAUCAGACAAGGUUUUCAGUGGAGAGGUGAUCUACAAGCUGGAGGGCCCCGGGGUCGACCAGGAGCCAAAGGACCUCUUCGAAAUAGAUGAUAAAACAGGAUGGAUUAAGAGCAAAAUGCCUCUGGACAGAGAGACUCACAAGAGCUUCACGCUUAAAGCCUUUGCCCUGUCGCCCAGUGGAGAACGUCUGGAGAACCCCACCACCAUCGAGAUCUACGUCCUGGACCAGAACGACAACAGACCGGCCUUUAUAAAAAAGGAGUUUGUUGGAUCUGUACCAGAAUUUUCCAUUCCAGGUACUUCAGUGUUGACUGUAUCAGCGACAGAUGCUGAUGAUCCCAACACAGACAACUCAGUGCUAAGCUUUUCCAUAACAGCUCAGGAGAGCGUUCCACCUUUCAGCAUCAACAAGACCAUGUUUGGCAUCAAUAACGUCACUGGAGUGAUCUACACACGAGAUGUGGGACUGGAUCGAGAUGUGGUGCAGUCGUUCCGUCUGACCCUGCAGGUAGCCGAUAUGUCUGGAAUGGGUCUGACCAGCACAGCACGAGCCAUCAUUCACAUCACAGACAUUAACAACCAUGCUCCACAGUUCAAGCCUAACACGUACACAAUGUUUGCCACGGAGAAUAAAGUGGGAGAGGAUGUCGGCAGAGUGAACGCUACGGAUAAAGAUGAGAAGAACGGUGACAACUGGAGGAUUACUUAUUCCAUCAUUAAAGGAGAUUCAUCUGGAAAUUUUGCCAUCAGGACUGACCGUGUCACCAACCAGGGGAUCAUCUUUUCAGUGAAACCUCUGGACUUCGAGUCUCGAGCAGACUACCAGCUCACCGUGAGAGCAGAGAACGAAGUCCCUCUGAGUAUUAAAGCUCCGUAUGAAAGGAUCAGCACUGCUACCGUCACCAUCAAAGUUCUAAAUGAGAACGAAGCACCGCGUUUUUAUUCGAACCCUAUAGAGGUGAAAGCCCCAGAGUCCAUCAAACCAGGGACUGUCCUCAUCUCCAACAUCGCUCAUGAUGCGGAGAAUUCCAAACUCAGAUUUGAAAUUACUCAUGAUCCUGAGAAAUGGCUGUUGAUAAACCCUGAAACUGGAGAGAUUUCAGCCAAGAAGAACUUCAGCCUUCGCUCCCCAUACAUUAAGAAGAACAAGUACAGAGCCAUGGUGAAGGUCACAGACAUGGAUGCGGGUGGUACUUCCAUAAUGGCUUCUCUGGAGAUCACACUGUGGGAGACCAAUGAUUUCCCUCCUGUGCUCAUCCCUUUGAGUGGCAUCGUGUGCAGUAACAGAGAGAGACACAGACUCGGCCUGCUGAUCAGCGCUGUAGAUGAGGACCACGCCCCUCAUGCUGACCCUUUCAGCUUUGAGCUUGCUGAUAGAGACAUGGCUUUGAACUGGACCAUCAUACAGUUAAAUGAGACUCACGCCAUGCUGCAGCCUGUGAUAGAUAUAGAUCAGGGGGAGUUCUCCAUCCCGAUCACUGUAUCAGACUCGGGUUCUCCUUCUCUCUCCUCCAACGCAUUGGUGAACGUGACAGUGUGUCCAUGCGAUAGGGUUGGACAAUGUAUGAGCGCCACAGCGGCGGCCAUUUUUGGAACUAGAGCGGGAAUCAGCUUUAUCGCUCUUAUGAUCAUCAUGGCCAGUGUUGCUCUUCUAAUAUUGUUGUUGCUCCUUGCUGUGGCCAUGAGGAGCUGCACCAGGCGUGGUGUUAAAAAGGGAGGAGGUCUGCUGAUUGGAGAAUCAGACGAUGACAUACGUGACAAUGUACUGAACUACGAUGAGCAGGGCGGGGGAGAGGAAGACGAGGAUGCCUUCAACAUUGAUCUCCUGAGGACCCCGAAUCACAUGGUUCCUCCUCCGGAAUCCUUCAGUCCACCAGGAUCCGGUCAUCCUAAAUGGAAGCAGCCACUCCGGAAAGAUGCUCCGUACAACUUACCUUCACCUGCGUACCCACGCAAACCUAAAGGAGAACCUACCGACAUUGAAGAUUUCAUCAGUGAUUGCCUGGACGUUGCAGACAACGACCCCAACGUGCCUCCUUUCGACACGGCUCUGAUCUACGACUUCGAAGGAAACGCUUCUCUCGCGGGCAGCCUGAGCUCCAUCGCUUCCUGUGGCUCAGACGAAGACCAGGACUACGACUACCUUAACGACUGGGGACCGCGCUUCAAGAAACUGGCUAACAUGUACGACCCGCGCUAGUCAUCCUCAUAGCAUCUGUGCCUACACAAGAUUUCUUUUUUUUUCUCAAAGCACAUGUUUUUUCUAUUUAUAUAUAUAUAUAUAUAUAUGUAUCUCCUUAACCAAAACUCCAGGAGAAAGUGUUUCAACAUCAUUCCCACAUUCCCCACUGUACGCAUUAAGGGCUCUGUGAUGUAGGCACUACUGAUGAGGAUGGGAAUGUGUGUGUGUGUGUGUGUGGAUCAUCGAACCUGCAGAAGCUUCUCAAAUUGGCCUCCAGGGUGUUCUUUUAAAAGUUCAAUGCUGUCAAGUGAGAGACGGCAUGAGCCAUUUUUUUUCUCCCACAGCGCCGUUACGGAUCAGCGAGUUAUUUCACAACGCUGCCAUGAUGGUGCUUUUACAUUCUUUUAAAAAGGAAAGUGCAUUAUAAUAAGAGAGAGAUGUAAAAAGAACCAUUUUUCCUUUUAGGAUUCAGAGCUCCUAACACUAAUUAUCUGCAAAUGUGAGAACCUGGCUUUUCCAGCCAUUUGUGCUUCUUCUCCAAACUCUUCCCUUCUCCUCCAUGUGCUUCUUCUUCAAACUCUUCCCUUCUCCUCCAUGUGCUUCUUCUCCAAACUCUU